UUCAAGUUAUAAUAAAAAAUAUAUAUCAAUAUUAUUUAGUAUGUCUUUGGGCCUCUCCAGUAACUUGAUCGUUUUUAUAAUAUCCUUAUAUGAUUUGUAUUCUAUAUCUAUAGUGUUUAUUAGGAUUUAGGACUGCGAUCACAGUAAGCGCAAAAUGGUAACAAUGGAAGACAAUACUAAGGAAAGCAACUCAGGGAAGCCGAUACGGUUCGUGUACUUUGAUGAUGCAAAUGGAAAAUUUAAGGUAGACCCAGAUGCCAUUGAUCUUCUUCAACAAAUCAAAGGACCUGUUGGUGUUGUUUCUGUAUGUGGGCCUGCUCGUCAGGGUAAAAGCUUUAUCUUGAACCAGCUUCUUGGUAGGAGCACUGGAUUUCAAGUUGGGUCCACCCAUCAACUAUGCACUAAGGGACUUUGGAUGUGGAGUGCACCAUUGAAGAAAAUUGCAUUGGAUGGAACUGAAUACAAUUUAUUACUGUUUGAUAGUGGAGGAACCAACACUUGUGAUCAAACAGAAAUAUACAGCACCCAGAUAUUCUCCGUGGCAGUACUCUUAUCGAGCUUGUUUGUCUACAACCAGGUAGGUGUUAUUGAUGAAGCUGCACUUGAUCAUCUCUCUCUUGUCACUGAAAUGACUAAGCAUGUUCAUCGUAGAGCCUCUCAAGGAAAGAACUUGGUCUCUGAACUUGGACAUUUCUCUCCAGUCUUCAUGUGGCUUUUAAGGGAUUUUUACUUGGACUUGACAGAGGAUAAUAUAGAAAUGAAACCCCAUGAUUAUCUAGAACUUGCUUUGAGCCCAGUGCUGGGUAGUGGAAGGGACAUUGCUGCCAAAAAUAAGAUUCGUGAGUCCAUUCGAGCUGUUUUUCCAAGUAGAGAGUGCUUUACUCUUGUCCGUCCUUUGAACAAUGAAACUGACCUUCAACAUCUCGACCGAGUUUCUUUGGACAAAUUUCGGCCAGAAUUUUUAUCCGGACUUCAUGCAUUUGCAAAUUUUGUUUAUGAGAGAACUAGGCCUAAGCAAGCAGGAGAUAAUGUUAUGACAGGACCUUUGCUUGCUGGUAUUACAAAAUCUUUAGUGGAUGCUCUUAACAAUGGUGCAGCUCCCACAAUAUCUUUCUCAUGGCAGGUCUGCACAAGAGAUUCAGUUAUAGAGACAGAUUUAGAAUGUUCAAAUGCUAUACAAGGCAUGGAAAAGAGAUUGCAAGAAGCUUGCCUGGCUACAGAUGCAAAGAUUGAAAACCUUGCCGUGGUUCUUGAAAGUCUUCUGUCCAAGUAUGAAGAAUCAGUUCAUGGUCCAACAAAAUGGCAGAAGCUCUCCUCCUUUUUACAGAAGAGCUUGCAAGGUCCUUUUCUCCACCAUGCUCAGAAGCUGAUAGAUGAGGCUUCUUUAGAGAAGAGCUCACUCAUAAUGAAAUGUCGCUCAAAUGAAGAUAAGAUUGAAUUGCUUCAUAAGCAGCUGGAGGCAAGUGAGAAGUCAAAAGCUGAAUAUCAAAAGUGUUAUGCAGAUGCUAUAGAUGACUUCAAGAAGCUAUCUAAUCGGUAUAAGAGCCGUAAAAUUGAUCUGGAGAGCAAGUCCAGUCUAUUGGAGGAGAGGUGUUCUAGUUCACUGGAAAUGUUGGAUUCUGCGAAGCAGGAAGCCUUGGAGUGGAAGAGAAAAUAUGAAGAGAUAUUGACUGCAAAAAGAGCAGCAAAUGACCAGGCUAACACCAAUACAGCUGUUUGCAAGUCUGGGAUUUGUGAAGCUGAAGCAACAGUUGCUGCUACUGCUGAACAAUCUCGAAUGGCUUUGAAAGAAGCAAAUGAAUGGAAAGAGAAGUAUGAUAUUGCUAUUAAUGAAGCCAAGGCUGCUAGAGACAAGGCAGCCGAGCAGGCAAAACUCAUAGAAGAAGAUGUUGCUGCUGCUGCAGAACAAUCUCAGCUGGCUUUGAAAGAGGCAAUUGAAUGGAAAGAGAAGUAUGAAAUCGCUGUCAAUGAAGUCAAGGCUGCUAGAGAGAAGGCAGCCGAGCUGGCAAAACUUAAGGAAGAGGAUGUUGCUGCUGCUGCUGAACAAUCUCGGCUGGCUUUGGAAGAGGCAAACGAAUGGAAAGAGAAGUAUGAUAUUGCUAUUAAUGAAGCCAAGGCUGCUAGAGAGAAGGCAGCCGAGCUGGCAAAACUUAAGGAAGAGGAUAUCGCUGCUGCUGCUGAACAAUCUCGGCUGGCUUUGAAAGAGGCAAAGGAAUGGAAAGAGAAGUAUGAUAUUGCUAUUAAUGAAGCCAAGGCUGCUAGAGACAAGGCAGCCGAGCAGGCAAAACUUAAGGAAGAGGAUGUCGCUGCUGUUGCUGAACAAUCUCGGCUGGCUUUGAAAGAGGCAAAUGAAUGGAAAGAGAAGUAUGAAAUUGCUAUUAACGAAGCCAAGGCUGCUAGAGAGAAGGCAGCCGAGCUGGCAAAACUUAAGGAAGAGAAUAUUGCUGCUGCUGCUGAACAAUCUCGGCUGGCUUUGAAAGAGGCAAAUGAAUGGAAAGAGAAGUAUGAUAUUGCUAUUAAUGAAGCCAAGGCUGCUAGAGACAAGGCAGCUGAGCAUGCAAGACUCAUAGAAGAUGUUGCUGCUGCUGCUGAACAAUCUCGGUUGGCUUUGAAAGAGGCAAAUGAAUGGAAAGAGAAGUAUGAAAUUGCUAUUAACGAAGCCAAGGCUGCUAGAGAGAAGGCAGCCGAGCAGGCAAAACUUAAGGAAGAGGAUAUCGCGGCUGCUGCUGAACAAUCUCGGCUGGCUUUGAAAGAGGCAAAUGAAUGGAAAGAGGAGUAUGGUAUUGCUAUUAAUGAAGCCAAGGCUGCUAAAGGGAAGGCAGCCGAGCAGGCGAAACUUAUAGAAGAGGAUGCUGCUGCUGCUGCUGAACAAUCUCGGCUGGCUUUGAAAGAGGCAAAUGAAUGGAAAGAGAAGUAUGGUAUUGCUAUUAGUGAAGCCAACGCUGCUAGAGAGAAGGCCACUGAGCAGGAAAAACUUAUAGAAGAGAAUCUGAGAGCCCAAUUCAACAACUCUUUGGCAGAAAAGGAUGAGCAAAUUAAGGACAAGAUAACUAAGCUUGAAGAGGCUGAGCAGAGAUUAGCCGCUUUGACUUUAGACUUGAAGACUGCUGAAACAAAGAUAGAAAGCUAUGUCUUGGAAUUAUCAGCUUUAAAGCAUCAAAUGAAAGAGUUGGCUGAAAAGUAUGACUUUGUCAAAGCUGCUGCUCAAUCAAUGGAGAGAGAAGCACAGACUCUGAUAGAUGACAGAGUAGAAUUGGAGCAGAAGUGCCUGUCUGAGUUGAAAAGAUUUGAAGAAGCACAUGAAGGUUGGAAAGUUGCAAAAGAGGAAGUUAUGGUAACAAAUGAAUUCAUAGAAGCAGAACAAUCAGAAGUGCUAGCUUCUCAAGAUGAAAAGCAUGAUGAAAAGCAUGAGUCUCAUCAGCUUACAAUAGAUAGACUUGCCCAGACCAGUUCACAUAUUCAUACCCAGGUUUUGGAGAGAGCAAAGAUGGGCCUUGCUGGUGAUAUUGAGAGGUCUACUGCAUUGGAGGAUUGUGCCAUGUCUAAGAUUGCUAUUCUGGAAGCAAUAGUCAAAGAGAGAGAUGAAGAGAUAGAGUUAUUGAAAAAGAAGUGUGAGCAAUUUGUAAAUACAAUUCCGACACUUGAGAGCAACUUGGAGUCUGAGCAUGCAGCACAUGCAGAGGUAAACAAAAUGGAGAAAGCACCUUUCUUACCGCUAGAGUCUCUGCAGGAAGGAUUGAACUUAGCUCAGCAGGAAUUAACUCCCAAUCAUUCACAUGGUUAUGCACAGGGCUCUGGGCUGAAAACUUAUUCUGGCAGGAAACAUCCAAGGCUAGAAGUUCCAGAUUUGAGUGUAUAUUCUCUCAAGAUGGAGACCCCUGAAGAAAUAACCAGGGAAAUGAAAAAACCCAAGAGCAGUUCGGCUAUGGCAAAAUGCACAACUGCAGAAAUUGAUUCUGUUUUCAGGGCAAGUGAAGAAGAUAGUGAAUAUGAGAAAGCUGCUUCAGUUGACUACACCAAGUUAACUGUAUGGAAACUGCGGCGAGAGCUUAAUGAACAUGGUUUUGGGGAAGAACUGCAAAAGCUGAGGUAUCCGAAGAAGAAAGAUGUCAUUGCCCUAUAUGAGAAAUUUGUCCUGAAGAAGUAACAACUUCAAAAUUCCUAUACCAUGUUUUUGGAAAAAUUGCUUGGUAAAGGUCCUCUUGUAUAUGCAUGUGACCCUGUUAGCUGUGCAAUAUAAGAAGGUGAAUUCUGUGGAAAAGAUUAUCCAUGAAACUCCUAUAGGUUAAUGAUCUGCGGGCAUUCCUAGCCGACCCGUCAGACGUGGAUCCAGAAAACUUCUAGGAUUUGAGAUUAGAGAACUAUCCCUAGUCAUACAACAUCAAGGAUGGGAGCAUUUCUAAAGUCAACUCAACCUUACCAUCUGACUUAUCAACAGAUGUGGUACUAUUACAUGUAGAUUUCACUUAAAUGAAGAAUUUUUUUGGUUUUUGUAUCAUAAUGUUCAUGUUGAAUCGCCUCAGCUUUUAGAGUUCAGUUGUCAUUGUAUUUGUUUCA